ACACGUAUUAUAUGCUAUGACCUUUUCCUUAUAUUACCCACCUGGGUUUCUUCCAGUGUCCUUUCGCAUUUGAUGGCUUUAUGAGAGCCUCGGCAACGUCUUUCAGUGCAAACAAUAACGAAAGUCAGUCCGUGGCGACAGGACAGGCCGUGUAUAAUUAUGGCAACCAUGGGGAAGGACGAACCUCCACCAGCGCCGGCCACUAAAUUUAUUGAUUUGUAAAUUUCCAUUUCGAGCGCAGGGCAAUUAGCCUGGAAAUUAUGGCAGCAGGUUGAAAAGUUAAAGCGUUUAUCAUCCAUUGAGCGACGGAGCCGCUGAUUAUAUGUAAGUGCAUUAUACCAGGGUGGAAAACUCCCACGACCAGCAGACCAGUCUUCUACUUUGAUGGUCGGGUGCAGUGGUUGGUGGCUGGUGAGGUCUACCACCGACUUCCAGUGCAAAUGGGAGGCAAGCACCUGCAGUGAAGGUCGUCCGGAAGGAAUGCCGGAAAUUGCGUGAUUCCCCUGCCACAAAAGCUACCCUGAUUACCAUAAUGUUGGUCAUUUUUAAGUAACUACCUAGCAUUUGGAAAAAAUAUCGCUUUAAUAAAGAGUAUUUGCCAAGCUAUGUUAUGCAUAUGGCUUAAAUUAAGUAGCCGCAUUUAAUAUAGUAGAAUAUUAGAACCCUAAGACUUCAAUGCAUCAAUACUUACUGCCCAAUUAUUAAAACAUCGAAAGUAUCGAUUUUGAUUAGUAUUGUAGAAAGGCGGCAAAACCAUUUAUAAAUACUUAUGUUCAAGUCUUUAUAGAAUUUUAAAUAGGAGCAUUACAAAGAGCACAAGCUAUAAGAAGUGGAGUUCUUCUUAAUUCGUUGCCCGAUUGAAGUUCAGUGCCUCAAAACUGACCGCCCAUUUUUGAAAACAAGAACUAUCGAUAUGCAUAUGCCAAAGUUCUGUAUAAUUUGCCAAUAGCACGACAGUAAGAUUAUCAUCACGUAUUCCAGUGGUCACUCUAACGAAACGCGCAAUGUUUUCCCAUAAGUUUAGUUGCGGGGAUUUCCAAACCCUGACCAGAAUGACUGAAACCGGCAUUACCUUUGAUCCGCCGGUGUACGAGCAGCGAUACUGUGCCACCAUCCAAAUCCUGGAGGACGCCCGCUGGAUGGAUCAGAUUAGGAAGGUCGUGGAGUUCGGCUGUGCCGAGAUGCGCUUCUUCCAGCUAAUGCGUCGCAUUGAGACUAUAGAACAUAUUGGACUGGUGGACAUUGACGAGCCCUUGCUCAUGAAAAACUUGACCAGUAUUAAUCCAUUAGUUUCCGAUUAUAUACGGAGACGCGCGAAUCCUCUAAAUGUUCAAAUUCUUCAUGGAAGUGUGGCAGAUUCUUCGGACGAAUUGAGGGACACAGAUGCUGUAGUCGCACUAGAAUUAAUCGAGCAUGUUUAUGACGAUGUUUUGGCCAAAAUUCCAGUCAAUAUUUUUGGUUUCAUGCAGCCAAAACUGGUAGUCUUUAGCACACCAAACUCGGACUUUAACGUUAUAUUUACACGGUUCAAUCCCCUGUUGCCAAAUGGUUUUCGCCACGAGGAUCACAAGUUCGAGUGGUCUCGCAAUGAGUUCAAAACCUGGUGUUCGGAUAUUGUGGAGAAGUACCCGAACUACAUGUUUUCCUUAACGGGAGUGGGUAAUCCGCCCAAGGAAUACGAAUCUGUGGGCCACGUCUCACAGAUAGCCAUAUUUGUUCGCAAAGAUUUGCUGGAGAUGCCGUUGGUUAACCCUUUGGUUACCAAACCCAAUAUUGACAAGGAAUCCAAUCCUUACAAGCUAAUUCAUGCCGUGGAAUAUCCAUUCUAUGUGGAUACGCGCACCGAGAAGGAAAAGAUCUGGACCGAUGUACAAAUGGAGUUUCAGCGUUUCAAAAGACGUUUCAACUCUUGUGAGGUUGAUGUAGAUACUUACGAGGACACUUGUAACAUGCCUAUUGCUGUCUUAUUGGAUCGUCUAGAACACGUAGGUGCUACUAAGGAACUUAUCGAGGAACUGCUACAGGAAAAUAACUUAAAAGUUGAGAACGAGUGUGUUUUAUUAUAUAAUUCGGAUCAGGAAACGGAAUGGUCUGAUCCCUACGAGUUGUCUGAUCGUCUUUCCCAGGAGGCCGCGUUAAUUGACCACGAGGGAGCGGAGGACUGCUGGGAUCAAAGCCGGGAAUCAUAACUUACGAUACUAUAUGUUUAACCAAAUUUCCAACCAACCGAUGUAUUUUGUGUGGAAACCAUCGUUUGUGCAUUACAAAUUUCCUUUAAAAAAAUGUUUUCAAAUCAUUCUGUCAUUAACGAUAAAGAAUUCUUGACAAAACGAAGAUCAUUA